CCCCCCCUCAGGAACAGCUGGGGGCCGUACCCACAAUGCCGUGCGGCACUGCCCGCUCCGCUCCGUCAUGGAGGCAGCGGCAGCCGCCGCCACAGCUGGCACAGCUGGAGCAGCCCCGGCGCUGGCCGCCUUCCCGCGGGCGCGCUGAGCCCCCCGCACCCCUCGGGCUCCAGCAUGAGCGGAGGCGGCUCCUCGGCACCCGGCCGCUUCGCCGACUACUUCGUGAUCUGCGGGCUGGACACCGAGACCGGGCUGGAGCCGGACGAGCUCUCGGCACUAUGCCAGUAUAUACAGGCCUCUAAAACCCGAGAUGGUGCCGGCUGUUUCAUUGCAAGUGCAGUAGAAGGUGAAAAUUUUGAACAGACUCCAUUAAGACGCACAUUUAAGUCUAAAGUUCUUGCUCGUUAUCCUGAGAAUGUAGAAUGGAAUCCUUUUGACCAGGAUGCAGUGGGAAUGCUGUGUAUGCCUAAAGGGCUUGCUUUCAAGACCCAAACUGAUUCCAGAGACCCUCAGUUCCAUUCGUUUAUAAUCACCCGUGAAGAUGGCUCGCGGACAUUUGGGUUUUCUCUCACAUUUUAUGAGGAAGUUACCAGCAAGCAAAUCUGUAGUGCAAUGCAGACAUUAUAUCAUAUGCACAAUGCUGAAUAUGACAUUCUGCAUAUUCCACCCAUAAAUGACAAAGAGAGCUGUAGCAGCAUAGAAGACUGUAAUGGAACUUCUGUAUCAAAGCUACAGCGUUUUAACUCGUAUGAUAUUAGCAGAGACACACUGUAUGUGUCUAAGUGCAUUUGUCUGAUUACCCCAAUGUCUUUCAUGAAGGCUUGUAAGAAAGUACUAGAGCAACUUCACCAAGCUGUAACUUCUCCUCAGCCACCACCGUUACCUUUGGAAAGUUACAUCUACAAUAUUCUCUAUGAGGUUCCUCUUCCUCCAGCAGGGAGAUCCUUAAAAUUUUCAGGUGUUUAUGGACCAAUUAUCUGCCAGAGACCAAGCACCAGUGAACUGCCAUUAUUUGACUUUCCAGUUAAAGAAGUUUUUGAAUUACUCGGAGUUGAAAAUGUGGUUCAGCUCUUUACUUGUGCUCUUCUGGAAUUUCAGAUACUGCUUUAUUCACAGCAUUACCAGAGAUUGAUGACUGUGGCAGAGACCAUCACAGCACUAAUGUUUCCAUUCCAGUGGCAGCACGUAUAUGUUCCCAUCCUGCCAGCCUCUCUCCUUCAUUUCCUAGAUGCCCCUGUCCCUUAUUUAAUGGGCUUGCACUCCAAUGGACUGGAUGACAGGUCUAAGCUGGAAUUGCCUCAAGAGGCUAACCUGUGCUUUGUGGAUGUAGACAACCAUUUCAUUGAGCUUCCAGAGGAUUUGCCCCAAUUCCCGAAUAAACUCGAAUUCAUUCAGGAAAUCUCUGAGAUCCUAAUGGCAUUUGGAAUUCCACCUGAGGGAAACCUGCACUGUAGUGAAAGCGCCUCAAAGAUGAAAAACCUCCGAGCAUGUGACAUAGUUUCUGAUAAAAGAAAUGGGAACAUAGCAGGAUCACCUUUAAAUUCAUAUGAACUGCUAAAGGAAAAUGAGACCAUAGCAAGGCUUCAAGCACUUGUUAAAAGAACAGGUGUGAGCCUAGAAAAGCUGGAAGUGCGAGAGGAGACCAGUAGCAACAAGGAUCUCAAAGUUCAAUGCGACGAAGAAGAGUUCCGGGUUUACCAGCUGAACAUUCAAAUCCGUGAAGUUUUUGCCAACCGUUUUACGCAGAUGUUCGCAGACUAUGAAGUAUUUGUCAUUCAGCCGAGUCAGGACAAGGAGUCUUGGUUUACCAACAGGGAGCAGAUGCAGAAUUUUGAUAAAGCAUCUUUCUUGUCAGACCAGCCUGAACCUUACUUGCCUUUUCUCUCAAGAUUUCUGGAGACACAGAUGUUUGCGUCUUUUAUUGACAAUAAGAUUAUGUGCCAUGACGAAGAUGACAAAGACCCAGUUUUGAGAGUGUUCGAUUCUAGAGUAGAUAAAAUUAGACUGUUAAAUGUUAGGACACCAACUCUGCGCACAUCUAUGUAUCAAAAGUGCACUACCAUUGAUGAGGCAGAGAAAGCUAUUGAAUUAAGGCUUGUAAAAAUAGAUCACACUGCGGUCCACCCACACUUACUAGAUAUGAAGAUUGGACAAGGGAAGUAUGAACUUGGGUUUUUCCCCAAGCUUCAGUCUGACGUACUCUCCAUAGGACCAGCAAGCAACAAAUGGACAAAGAGAAACGCACCGGCACAGUGGAGGCGGAAAGACAGACAAAAACAACACACAGAGCACCUGCGUCUUGACAAUGAUCAGAGAGAGCAUCUGGAUUUUUCCUUGCCAGAGCUUCAUUUGCAAUCAUAUUUAGACUGGGACCAGCAUGAUUGGCCUUUCAGACCCUGUAUAAAAUCUGUGUCAGAGCUUUACCUGAAGUAUAUCCAAGAAGCCAGGAAUCUGGGCAGCACCAUUCGUCAGCCUAAGCUGUCUAACCUCUCUCCAUCGGUAAUUGCACAAACAAACUGGAAAUUUGUUGAAGGCUUACUGAAGGAAUGCCGAAAUAAGACCAAGAGGAUGCUGGUUGAAAAAAUGGGCCGAGAAGCUGUGGAACUAGGUCAUGGUGAGGUGAACAUCACAGGUGUAGAAGAGAAUACGUUAAUAGCCAGUCUUUGUGAUCUCUUAGAAAGGAUAUGGAGUCAUGGUCUUCAGGUCAAACAGGAUAGAAGCUGUACUACUUUCAUCCUAGAAGACAGAGCAUCAGUAUACUCUGCUUCAACUCAGAUUUGGGCCUUUCAGACAACCAGGCGGCCAACCCCACAUAAGGGAAAAUCUGCUUUGUGGUCUCACUUAUUACAUUACCAAGAAAAUAGGCAGAGAAAGCCCACGUCAGGUAGCUUCAGUACCUCAGGAGUACUUCUCGAUUCAGAAAGGAGGAAGUCAGAUGCCAGCCCAGCCAUGUCACCGCUGAGAAUCUCUCUCAUUCAGGAUAUGAGGCAUAUCCAGAAUAUUGGUGAGAUCAAAACAGACGUUGGCAAGGCAAGGGCCUGGGUUCGACUGUCCAUGGAAAAGAAGUUACUUUCCAGGCAUCUAAAGCAGCUUCUUUCAGAUCUUGAACUUACAAAAAAACUCUACAAGCGUUAUGCCUUUCUCCGCUGUGAUGAUGAGAAAGAACAGUUCCUCUAUCAUCUCCUGUCAUUUAAUGCUGUCGAUUACUUUUGCUUUACCAAUGUUUUCACAACAAUCUUGAUCCCAUACCAUAUAUUGAUUGUUCCUAGCAAGAAACUUGGUGGCUCAAUGUUCACUGCCAACCCUUGGAUCUGUAUCUCAGGAGAGUUGAGUGAAACAGGAGUCCUACAGAUUCCCAGGAAUAUAUUGGAGAUGACAUUUGAGUGCCAGAACCUGGGAAAACUUACCACAGUACAAAUAGGACAUGAUAAUUCAGGCCUGUACGCCAAGUGGCUAGUGGAAUAUGUUAUGGUCAGAAACGAAAUAACAGGGCAUACUUACAAGUUUCCAUGUGGGAGGUGGCUUGGAAAGGGGAUGGAUGACGGCAGUUUAGAGAGGAUCCUGGUGGGAGAGUUACUAACGUCACAUACCGAGGCAGAUGAAAGGCAGUGCAGAACCCCACCACUGCAGCAGUCACCAAGUAUGAUCAGAAGAUUUGUCACGAUAUCGCCAAAUAACAAACCAAAGUUAAACACAGGUCAGAUACAGGAAGCUAUUGGUGAAGCAGUGAAUGGCAUUGUCAAGCAUUUCCACAAACCGGAAAAGGAGAGAGGCAGUCUCACUCUGUUGCUGUGUGGAGAAAGUGGACUCGUUUCAGCUCUUGAGCAGGUGUUUCAGCAUGGAUUUAAAUCACCCAGGCUCUUCAAAAAUGUCUUUAUUUGGGACUUUCUAGAAAAAGCACAAACACAUUAUGAGACCCUUGAUCAGAACGAAAUAGUCCCAGAGGAGAACUGGCAGACUAGAGCCAGGAGUUUUUGUCGCUUUGUCACUGCUAUCAACAACACUCCUAGAAACAUUGGGAAGGAUGGCAAGUUUCAGAUGCUGGUGUGCCUUGGAGCCAGAGACCACCUCUUACACCAUUGGAUCGCCUUGCUUGCAGACUGUCCAAUCACAGCACAGAUGUACGAGGAUAUAGCAUUGAUUAAGGAUCAUACCCUUGUUAAUUCCUUGAUUCGAGUGUUACAGACCUUGCAGGAGUUCAACAUUACACUGGAGGCUUCCCUCGUCAAAGGAAUAGACAUCUGAUCUGUCUCACCGCAGACACUAAAAAAAAAAAGCAACAAGGAACAAAUGUUAUUAGUAUGCAAAGGUUCUUUCUGCUAAUACGUCAUAUUGCGAACUUGUUCAUGGCCACAAAACACAACUUUGACUUUUCUUGAAGGAAACUCGAAAAAUAGUGCAGAAAAAUAGACAGAAGCUGUAAACUCAAUGUUAAAAGUAAAAAAAAAAAAAAAAAAAAGGAGGAUUUUUGGUAUAAAUCUAUUUUAGAGUUUAUUUGCUGAUUUGCUUUUUACACACUUUCAUGUGAAAGAGAGAGAGAUGACUAUUUGUGCAGCUUAUUUUAAAGCUGCAGUAUUUCCUUGCCAUAGACAAUGUGCAGUGAGCCUUUCAGCAUUCUCUGAAUUUGCCUUCAGAUGUGCUGUAUGUUGUAAGCCCUAAUGUACACACUCCAUUUCUGCUAAGAAGGUCAUUCUAGAGUUUUUAAACUAAUAUUUUAUAUAUUAACAUUAUUACCAAUGUUUGAUUUUUUUCUUUAAACUAAACUGGGUCACUGCUGUGCUGCAAGGGAAACGACAAAUUCUGGUGUGAGCUUUUUUAAUAGCCUCAGAGCACUGAUUUGUCAGCAAAUCACUUUUUCUUUAUUUUUGUUAUCAGUAUUACGUUUAGUGGGUUCCAGGAGACAGAACCAUGCAAAUGGACAGAGAUGAAAGUAAUAUUUUUCAUAUUGGUACAUAAUUGCACAGAAGAAACUGUAAGUGUGUUGUAUUUUUAACUGAUGUUUUUAUUUAUUUAACCUAUUAUUGUGUUUUUGUAAGAUUUUGUUUUUUAAAAAACAAUAUAACUUGCUAUAUUAUGUUUGCAGUUCAAAAUUUACAGUUCAGUCCACUUAAAUGAAAAGCCUGGAUAAGAGUGUAUCUGCUAGCAAAUAUGUUUUAGUGUGCACCUGCCUUUCAAAUUAGAAUUUAUCUUGGUGUGGAACACCCUUAAAUUGUUAAUGGCUAAAGAAAUAACUCCCUAACCCCUGUGCUUUGAUUUAUAUUCUAAUGCAAAGGGGACAAUAGCUAAGUAGAGGUAAGUGCCACAGUGAAGUAAUGAUGCCACUCAUAAACCUAAUUCCAAGUUUCCAUUUCAAAACUUUGUGGUGAUCUCACGUGACGAGCAUAGACUGUACGUAGGAUUUACUGUUGAAAUACCAAGCUCUCUUAUGUGCUAACUUUGCAAGCUGCUGGAUUCUGGAAUGCUUUUGUAUCUUAAGUAAAAAGGCUUUAGCCCAUGCUCAUAAAUUAUAACAUUCAGACUGCUUGGAUUUUGUUGAAAUACAGAGCAUGGGAUUUGGUGAGUGCAUAGAGGCAACUCUGUUCAUUUUAGUUCUCCGAUAAAAUCCCUUUGAAAUGCAGACCUGAUUUGAGAGACAAACCUGGUCAGCAUAAUGAAUUGCCGUUAAGUACUUCUGGGCUCUGUAAUUAAGUGGUCUCCACUGUAUAAACUUCACAGCAAUAUCUCCCUUACUAUAAGGAACAGAAGGUUGUUCUUGGUUGUCAAUCCGUAAAAUAUUGUGACACCUUUUUCUUUAUUCUCUUCAUUGUAGUGACAUCUUGUGAUAGCUUUAUUUCCGUAAUUUAAAGGUAUAGCACAUGUAUUAAAUUUUUGACUAUUUUUACUUUUGUCCUAUUUAUUUCAUUAUUAAAUGGAGAAGUUUCUUUGUCACUCUUAUAUUUUCUUUUAUCCGAACGAGGUCCUGCCUUCAAUGCCUAUUAGCGUUGGAAAAAUGAGUGAGGAGUGUCAAGAUCACAUGCACAAUCUCUUCACGCUGGAUAGAUGUACUUUCACAGUUUGGAGUUCACAUCAUUGUUCAUGGAGUGAUUUUUCCCUGUUAAUUUUGGAAGGAAAAGGAUUAGAAUGCAGUGUAUAUGUGCUUAAAGAAUAACUUACUCAAUCUGAACAAUGUAACAGAGAGAAGCCUUCCACUCACCACUAAACCCCACAUUUAAUCAAAUAUCUUACUAUUUUUCAUUCAACAGUCCAGAUUGCAGUAGUCUUGUAUAUUUUACAGUGGGUACGUCUACAUUGGGAAAAGAAAUUGGGGUUAAUUAACAUUAUUUAGCUGACCCUUACCUGACUUCAAACUUAGUUGGCCAAGGUAGACCCUCAGGCAGAAAAAGUAUUAGGUCAGUGUUAGCCAAAAUGUGUUGGCUAAUCUCAACUUCUUUUCCUGACAUAGAAUUAGACAUUUGUUUUUUUACUUCAUUGUUCAUGGUAAAUGGUUUGAGAUGCCCACUUGCAGGUUGCAAGGACACAAGUGAAGGGUCUCUGACCCCUGAGUGGCAGUUGCUUUGGAUAACACGUCAGGAAGAUAAAGUUGUUUUUCUUUAGAUCAUGUUACUUCCCCAUGAGCUAGUGACUGUUCAGACAUGGAGGGAGAUGGCAGAGCAUAAUCUAAAUCCUGUUUUUUCACCUACAGUACUAUGUCAUGAUGAGCCAUUCCUGUCACCUUUCACAGACAAGGAGCUCCAUCUGGGUCCCAUUGAAAUCCAAGGCAGUUUUGCCAGGGACUUCAGUGGAAUAAAUCUUUACAGGCCUGGAAGGGCCAUAAGAGGCUUCAAGUGCAGCUGCACCAGUGUGGUUUUGUUGGGCACAGAGGGAAUGGUGGAGGAGUGUGUUAUGCAUCUUAGCUCUGUGGCAAUCUUUGUAAGCAGGCCAACACAUGAGGGAUUAAGGAGUAGGGUUUGGUUAGAGGCUACAAAGGCAGUUCUCUGGAUCAAAGCCUACUGGUAGGGGCUACAGUACUGCAACCCUAAGCUAGCAACCAUGCUCAUCACAACUCUUUUUGUAGUUUGUCUUGUAGUUCCUGUUUCACACAGUCUGCUUGCUUGAACUAUAUAGAUCAGGAGUCAGCACAAAGGAAACGGGAUUGGGCCCAAAGUUUGCCGCUUCCAUAGCUGUCACUUCUGACUGGCAGAAUCAAAUGCAACAGUUCCAUGCAACUUCCUUCCAUGAGUUGCCUCUGCUAACACUGUAGGGAAAGAAUCAUGGUUACUGAAUCAGAGUAUUCCAUAUGACAUUAGAAGGUGCGACCUAAUGUGCCACUAGACUGUGAAAAGGCAGAAUUAUUUUACAAAAUUCUAAGAUGCUGUUCCAGAAUGAGAAAUGUACUGAUUUACUACAGCUACUGGGACAAGAAUGCUGGUUGCCAACCUGAGCACUGAUUGGGUAAUGCUGUUACUGUACACAUUUACUAUAGGCUUUGAAAAAUUUAUGGCCAAAAAAAGUGCCUAUUAUAGUAAACUGAAGUUAAAAGUGCUGUUUUCUUUGAGAUAUGAGAGAAAACAAUGGACAAAAAUAUCACCUCUUAAAUUUCCUUUAUGUAUUAAUCCCAGCAUAUUCAAUACUAUGAGACUGGUACACACUCACAGCAAAUAGCCAAGGCUGUUUUUGUUGUUUCACAUUUAAGGUAAUACUUUGGAGGUAAUGGUUUGUUUUAAAUUUUGGGAUUUAAAAUUAAUAUAUACAGGGAUCUUCAUCUUUUUAUCAUGUUCUGUAGCUGAAAGAAUAUUGUUCAAGAACUGAAAAACAUUCUUCCACCAUUUCCAUAGUGAAGAGUAUUUUUAAAUUUUAAGAAUUGUAUAUCUGGGACCUAAUAGUUAAAAGCUCCAUAUAUUUUGGUGUGGUAUUGAAUUUAUGCCUAUAUAAAGGCUUUGCUUCUGCAGUGAAGCUCUCAGCAAGAGUUAACUGUCAUUCUGUAUAAAGAGAAAAGAUUUUUGUCACAAUAGUGCAAGAUACUGUAGGAUACUUGAAAAUACUUGAAGUUAUUGUACAUGUACUUCUCAUCUUUGUAGUUCUUUUCCUUUUAUAUCUAGAGACUGGCUGUUACUCCAUUAAGAUGCAGCAUCAAUUACAGUAAAUUAUAUAUUUUAAUACGUGGAGAAUUUACUGGCAUUUUUUAAGAGUGGGCAUUGAAAUUUACAUUAUGAUGAUUGAGAGCAGGAAACCCAGGUACUGUACUCCUUUUUUGUAACCCUUGGGACAGUCAAGCAUCACUGUAACUUGGAAAUAUGAAACUGUUUUGCGGAUGUAGCUUAUUUGCUGAAUUGCAAUAAAACUACCUUCUAACAUGA